AUGUCGGCCGACGCUCCAUCGCAGAGCAUCCCGCCUUUCCACCUUUCGCACUACCAGUCCGAAGAGCCGGACCACAUGACCGGAUCCCGCCUAUCUCAGUUCUCCCGCACUCUAUCGUCUGACGAUGGUCAUGCCACCGUCAACCUCCCCCAUUCAAAUGCGAGUACAAGCAACCAUUAUGGUCCCGGCAACGGGCCUAGCUCGAUGGGACCCAACGGCAUGCAUGCCACAUCCAACAACAGCGCCAACAACGAUGCCAUGAGCAACAGCAUCUCGAGUCUGCACAGCAACACGUCACAUGCAUCAUCGGGCGGUCACGUCCCCCCACCUACGCGGACAGGCUACGAUCAGGCCAGUCGUCUGCGACAAACCUUUAACAAUGCGCGCAGCUCUUCGCCUCUGUCUCGGCCGCCGCUCUUCAGCCCGAACCUGCUCCACGAGGUCGAAAGGUCCUCUCCACAAGUUCGGUCGCCCUCAGGCACCCAUCCCGCGUCCUCUCCACCCCCCAGAAGUAACGUCACUUCUCCGCGCUACUUCACUGAACCCCAUCACUCUGCAAAUGCACCAUCGCACCUCCAGCACUCUGUACAGCACCACCAACAGCAUUCUCACCUCCAGCAUCAAUCUCCAUCAUACCACCCUUCGCAGCAUACCCAACAGCAGGCCCCUCAGCAAUCCUCGUCCCGCACGCAUUCUUUCGUUCCGAGCACUCAACAUGCUCCGUCUUUUCAGCACGGCCACAUGCAGCAGCCUUGGCAAUCACGCAGCGGUGGCAUGGGCCCGCUCGACUUUGCGCCAUCGGCGCAGCCUCCCGCGCUCAGUCCAUCCGACCGUCCACAUUCUUCCAUGUCGGAACGUGCAUCUCGCAUUCAUGAUGGCGCCGCUCGUAGCAUGGGUCCCGGCACAUCACAGAGCCCGGUCGGUGGUAUCAACAAGGAGUCGGAGUUCAGCAUCUUUGUCGGGGAUCUAAGCCCCGAUCUACGUGAGGACGACCUUGUCGCACAGUUCCUUCAACCACCCGCGUGGCCCCACAAUCACCCGUUCGCUGCGGCUCUCAUUCACGCCCAACAAGCGCAGGGCAUCUAUCAGCCUGAUGCACGCAUCGGGCCCGCGCCUUUCGCAUCAGCCAAGUCGGCCAAGAUCAUGACCGACCCUAUCACGGGCGUUUCCAAGGGAUACGGAUUCGUGCGCUUUUCGCUUGAAGCUGACUGCAAUCGUGCGCUGGUGGAAAUGCAAGGCGUAGUCGUCUCGCCAGCGAACGGCCUCUCGCCCGGACGUCCCCUUCGCGUCAGCACAGCUACGCCCAAGAACCGUGGAACAGCGCCACCAUCUCUGCAGCAACCGCUUGGACCAAACAUGGCCGGCGACCCGAACCAGCAGCCUCUGCAGAUGCCUCGGCCGCACAACCCGGCUCAAAACGCUGGACCAUCGUUCCUGUACAACGGGGCGUCGAGUGGUGGUCCUGCGAUUAGGUCGGAAGUCGUCUCGCCGCAGCCGCACGUUCGACAGCAGUCAAGCCCCACGACGCACCAAGCCUCGCUCGUCUCCCCGAUAUCGCCUGCCUCUCCCUACGAUGGUCCUGGCGGUCCGAGCAGUGGCAACGGACCCGCAUCCUUCGGCCCUCUCUACGGUGGCUUUCCUGGAAAUGGCGGCGACGGAACGCGUGAUUCGUCGCCUGCUGGCAUGAUGCGUUCCCACACGCCUUCUUCGGCACCUCCGAUGAUGCAGCAAGGCGGCGGCGGUCCCAGCGGCAAUCCCGGCGACAGCGCUGCUGAUCCCAACAAUACGACGGUGUUCGUAGGAGGUCUUUCGUCGCUCAUCUCGGAAGCAACGCUGCGAAGGUACUUUGAGCAUUUCGGCGAAAUCACCUACGUCAAGAUCCCUCCGGGCAAAGGUUGCGGAUUUGUGCAAUAUGUGCGCAAGCAGGACGCAGAGAAUGCGAUCCAGCGCAUGAACGGCUUCCCAAUCCUCAACUCCAAGAUUCGUCUCAGCUGGGGACGCAGCCAGGGCGACAAGGCGGCGGCCGCGGCUGCACAAACUAUGGCACAGUACGCGCAGCUUGGUCAGCUAGCGGGUCUUGCCGGGCUCAGCACGCUCAGUCCGUCUCAGCUGGCUCAGCUGGCUGGACUCGGCAGCGUUCUCAGUGCCGCCCAGGCUCAGAUGCAAGGUCAGGCGCAAGGUCCAUCUCAGAGAGGUCCGCCUGGGUUUGGUCUCGGUGGUGCCGGGGGACUUGCCAAUGAUCCUCUCUCUACCUUGGCGAGGCAGCUUGCAGCCACCAAUGGUGUCGGUGGCGGCAUGGGUCCUGGCGGACACGCCAAUCACAGUGGGCCUGGCAUGGGUCAACGAGCUCCUUUGCCAUCGUUCCUUCAGAAUCAGCAACAAUCACACCAGGGACAACAACCUUCACACCUGCAUCAGCACCAGCAUCAGCAACAGCAACAGCCGUUCCGAGGUCAGCACGGCUUCCCGUCAUCACAGAACCUCGGUUUGCCUGGAAUAGGAGCCAACGGAGCCUUCGAUGGCGCCCCGGGCUACAACGGACGUAGCGGCAGCUCGCACUCGAACCAAGGAUUCGACUUUGAUCCACGCAGCGCAUCUGGUCCAGACCACCACUUUGGACCGCAAGACGGCAACCAGUCACGUUCUGCUCCAUUCGCGCCUCAGCAUCAUCAGCAAGGCGACUUUUCGGGGAUGCCGCCGCUGUCGGAAUCCGAGCUGGUAGAUGCAUUCGCUGGCCUCGAUUUCGACGAGACAACACGAGCUGCCUUGGCUCAGCGACUGCAAGCUAUGCAGCAGCAGGACGGCGGACCGAAUCGAUCCAACGCGGACGGAUUUGGCCCCGCAUCCGGUUCGGCAGCCGCAGCCAAGCGAGCAGAUUCGUUCGGCAGCGGCUACAACCGCGAUCCGAACGCAUUCAUGUUCAGUCCGUUCAGCCCUUCGGAUUCGCCGAUCGUGGGUGGCAAGGCGGAUCUGCCGAACUCUCAAUCCAACUCUUCGUCGCUGUAUCUGUCGCACAGAGCUGACGACGACGGCUCGAGCGCGACGCACGAUCCCGCUGCUGCUGCUGGGAACAACACCCACGACCGCUGA